AUGGAUGACGACGCGUGGCGCCGCGUGCGUGACGCCGACGACGGGCGAGACGCGGUGGUGAUGCUCAUCGAUGCGUCGCCGAGGAUGUUCACUCGGGAUGAGACGCGCGAUGGCGGGGCGAGCGCGUUCACGGCGGCGGCGCGCGCGUGCUUUGAAUUCGCCCGGGCGCGCGUCGUCGUCGCGCCGGACGACGCGGUGGGCGUGUGCGCGUAUAACUGCGCGAACACUUUGGGUGGAUUGGGACAGGCGAGGGUGUGUGAGGUCAUGCGUGUCGAUGCGCCGAGCGCGGCUGGGGCGAUGGUGUUGAGCGAGUACGCGGACGGCGACAAAGGGGCGCGAAAGUUUCGGGACGCGUUCGGCGCGUUGGACGAAACGGAAGACGGCGGGGGCGGGACGACGAGCGAUCGGUAUAAUCAGGAAGAUGCGUUGACCGCGGGGUUGUGGACGGCGUCGCACAUGUUGGAGCACGCGCCGAGACGAGCGGGGCGUAAGACGGUGUAUCUGUUUACGAAUGAGCCGAAACCGCUGCGAGACGGGAGCGCGGGGGCGAAACUCAUCGCUCGGGCGAAAGAGAUGGCGGCGCUGGGGCAGAGCAUCGAAGUCUUGAGCCUGACGCGAGAUGGAGAGUUUGAUUCGUCGAUAUUUUACGACAAGUUCACCGCCGAACACUGCGGUGCGAAGGCGGGCGAGAGGGCGCUCGUCGUCGUGCGCGACGGCAUGGAGUUGCAGAGAGAAUUUUUGAAAAAGUCUCGCAAGCGUAGACGAUUGAGACAGACCGAACUCUGGUUGGUGCCGGGAAAGAUUUCGAUCCCAGUCGGUGUGUACUCGCUCGUGAGCGAGGCGAAGAAGUCUUCGGCGAUUCUCGUGGACGGGAAAGAUCUCGGAGAGAUUCGGAGGGAGCAGAUAUUCGUGGACGCCGCGACGGGUGCGCAGAUUGAAAAACCGACGAAGAGCUUCGUCGAGUUCGACGGGAAGGAGCUCGUGUUCACGAACAAAGAGCUGGCGAAGAUAAAGCAGGUCAAGGUGAAGGGGAUGCCGGAUGAAAAAGGCGCGGUGGGGUUCCACCUCGUCGGGUUCAUCGACGCGAAGAGGAUCACGCGCGACUUGUGCCUGAAAAAGUCCCACUUCAUCGCGGGCGAGGAGAAGGGCUGUGCCGCAGUCAACGCGCUCAUACGCGCGUGCGACGUGGAAAAUAAAGUGGCGAUAUGUGCGUACGUGCGCGCGAAGAGCGCGGGCUUCCGAUACGUCGCGCUUCUUCCGCAGCUCGCUCCGCACGUCGAACCCGGACUCGGCGACGCCGACGACGCCAUUGCGCGCUUGGACCCGCCCGAGGGAUUCCACGUGUUUUACCUCCCAUUUCGAGACGACUUGCGGCACCCCGAAUCAGUGGCGGGAUCUGUGAAGAAACCCGCACCUCGGGCGACGAAAGAACAAAUCGACGCCGCUCGAAACGUCGUCGAGGCCAUUCGCCUGACGGGUUGGCAUCCGAAACAAACCCCCAACCCGGCGCUGCAGACGCACUACCGCGUCUUGGAGAUGUGCGCGCUGGAGCGAAACGUGAUGGAACCCGUGCACGAUGACACUGAACCCGCUUUAGACGAGUGGGCGCGCGUUGGUGUUCCCGCGCUCCUCGCUGACUACGACGACAAAUGUUUCGGCGCGUCUCGAGCCAUCGACGAUUGGCACGGCGUCGGCGCGCCCAACGUACUCGUCCCCGUCGUCGGCGACAAGCGUAAAUCCAUCGAAAACGCAGGCACUCGAGCUAAGCGUUCCGUGGUCGUCAUGCACAUCCUCCCCGAGCACGUGCACUGCAUCGAUCUCGUCAAGCGAAACGCCCUGAGCACCAUGACUGGCGAAGCAUUAAAGCACUUUUGCGCCGCGCACGGAUUGAGCGCCGGCGGCACCAAGGCCCAGCUCAUCGAGCGCGUCGACAGCCACGUCAAAAUCUGCGCCCCCAGCGCGCUGUAG